ACCCUGCACAGUGAUUGUCCCAGGGCGGAAAGAAAGAACCUUUUGGCGACCCCUCGUGCUGCAGUUUCAAUCCGGUUUCGCACGCAAUUGAUACGCCCCGAGUGACGCUAAUUCAAUUCCAGCGUGUCCCCAGCGUGACCCCUCGGGUGGGGUGUUUGGAUGAUUGGGAAAGGUGGCGGACGCUAAAACGGUAUUCCCAAAAUACGGUUUAACACCCGCCAAAUCCAGCUGUAACUCGCUAAUGGUGGAUGGAAAUCAUUGUUGGCAGAACCGCGCACUGACCUUUGCUGCUGCUGCUGUUGCUGCUCGCUAUCCUUUGAUCAUACCACAUUAUCGUCGAAAGCAAUUGGCCGUGAUGAUGCUAUUAAAUUAAGCCAUUUGCACUGGAGGAAAGUAAAGUCCCAUAAAUGCAGCAAGGGAAAGCACGUUCCGGAAUACGCAAGCAAAGGGUGGGACGCAGUCCCUGCAUAGGAACUUAUCAACGUGUUUAUGGUGCAUCGUUCUAUAAGCAAGCUAUAAAAUCUUGCCGAUGCUAUAAACUAAUUAUAGCAAUGCUAAGGGAAGAAAUUUGAAUUAUUUGUUGAUGGGACGUACAUUGCAAGGUAUUGUUAUGAAUAAUUAAAGCGUAAUUUUAGAAACAAAUGUUACCAUCAUCUGUGCGAUAAAUGUAACAAAAAAACGAAACGGAAAUUCCCAGUGAACAGUGUUUUUUUCAAAACCCUAUUCUUGGCGCGAGAACGCGUUUCUCGUAAAUUCGUUAUCAUUCGGAGCUGCGCCACGCCUGCCUCGAAAAGCCAUAACACACAUUCCACGCGUCCACCAGAGCAAUGUUGUAGAAACAAAGUCAGCGAUUGUCAUCCCGCAUUGCCACCAACACUAGCGCACAUCGGUGGAAUCAGUUUGGAAAUCCACACACAGCCCCAGAGCGGUUGACUUGCAGCUUCAUUGUCAUUAGCGUCCGGAUCUCCACUGUCCGGUCACUUGCAGUCGAGCGGUCAUCGCGAACGGGUUUGCUUUGGAAGACGCGGCGUGUGAACCGAGUGCGAGAGCGUGGCGUGAUUUAAACGGACACCUCUGUCUCUCUUCCACUGUUCGUGCAUACAGUGAAGUGUAUCUUUGAGGGAAGGUUGUAAAUAAUAGUGCCAAAAGUAUAACUAAAAAGAGUGCCUGAGUGCAAAAACAUCAACAAAAGAAAAAGGACAAUUGUACAUAUAAAACCAAAGCUUUUUUUGAAAGAUGAAUCGAACGAAUUUAAAUGAAGUUACCAAUGGAGAGCAGCACACCACCAGCAGCACAAAGCCGUCAGCCAAACGGACCAACGGAUUGUACAAUCCCGUGCAGGAAAAUGCAAGCUAUGGCAGCUACGAGAUGGUGCAGGAAAUCGCCACUUAUCUGCUGGACCGCACGCGCAUCCGUCCCCUGUGCGGGAUCAUCUGCGGCUCGGGGCUCGGCUGCCUGGCCGAACAGCUGACCGAGGUGGACUGCUUCGACUACGAGACGAUCCCGCACUUUCCCGUCUCGACCGUGGCCGGCCAUCUGGGACGGCUGGUGUUUGGCUAUCUGGCCGGUGUGCCCGUGCUCUGCAUGCAGGGACGCUUCCACUACUACGAGGGAUACUCGCUGGCGAAGUGUUCCAUGCCGGUGCGUGUGAUGCGCCUGGUCGGCUGUACGCACCUGAUCGCUACGAAUGCGGCCGGUGCCAUCAACAGCAGCUACCGCGUCGGCGACAUCAUGCUCAUCAAGGAUCACGUCAAUCUGAUGGGCUUCGCUGGCAACUGUCCACUGCUCGGCCCGAACGAUGAGCGCUUCGGGCCCCGGUUUCUCGGCAUGGCCAAAGCGUACGAACCGGCCCUGCUGCAGGCGGCCAAAGAGGCGGCCACCCACGUGCCCGGGCUGCAGAGUGUGUUGCGCGAGGGUGUGUACUGUUGUGUCGGCGGUCCCAACUUUGAAACCGUGGCCGAGGGUCGGCUGAUGGCGCUGCUCGGCGUGGACGCGAUCGGCAUGUCGACCGUGCACGAGAUCAUUACGGCCCGGCACUGCGGCAUGACCUGCUUCGCCUUCAGCCUGAUCACCAACAUGUGCACGAUGAGCUACGAGGAGGAGGAGGAACACUGCCACGAGACGUUCGUGGACGUUGGCCGGCAGCUGGAGCAACGUAUCUGCGAUCUGGUGACGCGAGUCGUCAGCACGCUUCCUGCAGUGGGUGCAAACGGACAUAAAGAGUAGUGCACAUCGCACAACAAACUAUCACGCAUAGUGGCGUGACCUACGUGACCACGUGGACAAAUGCGGCGCAUUAGAGAUCAAACAUCACAUCAAACAAUAAAUGUUUCACUUUGUUAACCCAUUUAA